UGAACAGCUGACCGUCGCGUGUGACGCGGGUGAUAAACGUCAUGGUAUUCGCCGGACGUGUAGUUCUAAUGGCUCACAAGCGGCGACAGCCCAGGCUGUCUUACAUCACUGCUACAUGAACGCUCGCUGAACCGCACCGAUGGGAGACAUGGCGGUAAACUCUCUCUGUGUUUCAGAGCACCCUGCGAGGCUGCUGGAAAACUGAAAUUCAGCUGCCUUCACUUCCUGUAAGUCAGGACUACGGUUACCAGAAUUCUCUGCGCUCACGUGGCGAAGAGGUCAAAACAAAACCGGUGACUGAAAGACAGCGCGAGCGGCAAAUGUGCCUCUGAUGGCUGGUCGGCUCCUCAAAGUCUCCUCUCUGGCCACAGCGGUGUUCGCCUCCUCUGGGUUUUACCUGUACUCCAGACAGCUGGAUCUCAAUGACCUCAGCGUCAUCCGCUUCGGACGAGCUGCAGCCACGACGGCGGUCAUCAGCUAUGAUUACCUGACUGCUUUCAAACAUGUGGAAUACGGCACAGAGGAGUACUUGGCACUCAGGUCAAAGGUUCAUCUGCGGUCGGCGGAGCGUCUUCGAGACUUGUGCUGUGCCAACCGGGGUACUUUCAUCAAGGUGGGCCAGCACCUCGGUGCUCUGGACUACCUGCUGCCUGAGGAGUACACGUCCACGCUGAAGGUGCUCCACAGCCGAGCUCCGCAGAGCAGCAUGGAGGAGAUCCAGCAGGUCAUCAGAGAAGACCUCGGCAAGGAGCCGUCAGAGUUAUUUGUCUCCUUUGAGGAGAAGCCUCAGGGCGCUGCCUCUUUAGCCCAGGUCCACAAGGCGGUGCUGCAUGACGGGAGGACAGUGGCCGUCAAAGUCCAACACCCAAAAGUUCAGAGGCAGAGCUCCAAGGACAUAAUGGUGAUGGAGGUAUUGGUGAGGGCGGUGCAUUGGCUUUUCCCGGAUUUUGCCUUCAUGUGGUUGGUGGAGGAGGCCAAGAAGAACAUGCCCCUGGAGCUCGACUUCCUUAAUGAGGGACACAACGCUGAGAGGGUGGCCAAAAUGUUGUCCCACUUCCCCUUCCUCAAGGUUCCCAUCAUCCACUGGCACCUGUCCACAAAGAGAAUCCUGACCAUGGAGUUUGCUGAGGGGGGCCAGGUCAACGACAGAGACUACAUGAAGAAACACGGCAUCAAUGUCAACGAGAUCUCAGAGAACCUGGGUAAGAUGUACAGUGAAAUGAUCUUCAUCCACGGCUUUGUUCACUGCGACCCGCACCCGGGCAACGUGUUGGUCCGAAAGUGUCCCCAGAGCAACAAGACCGAGAUUGUCCUGCUCGAUCACGGCCUUUAUCAGACCCUGCAGCCAGACUUCAGGCUGGACUACUGUCGGCUGUGGCAGGCUCUCAUUAAAGGCGACAUGUCCGGGGUGGAGCGUUACAGCCGCAGACUGGGAGCUGGAGCUCUGUACCCGCUGUUUGCCUGCGUGCUCACCGCUCGCUCCUGGACCGCCGUCAACGCCGGUAUCAGUUCUGUGCCUGUCACACAAUCUGAGGAUGUUGAGAUACGGACCAAUGCAGCUCUCUAUCUGCCCCAGAUCAGCGAGCUGUUGAACCGAGUGCCCCGGCAGAUGCUGCUGCUCCUGAAGACCAAUGACUUGCUGAGGGGCAUUGAAACCACCUUACAGACCAGAGCCUCCUCCUCAUCCUUCAUCAACAUGUCUCGCUGCUGCAUACGCGCCAUGGCCAGGCACAAGAGGAGUAAGGCUCAGUCCAGGAGGAGGCGUCUGCAGAUCACACUGGCAGAGUCUCUCAGCCUGUGGAGACUCUCAAUGUAUGAGCUGCUCCUGUGGGCGAAGGGCUGCAUGUUGGGACACUGGUUCACUGCUCUGCUGUCAUUUCUGCACUGAGGCACAUCUGGACAUGACAUACUGGAACAUGAACGGCAGGCUGCAACUGUUGGCUCCUCGAAGGAUUUAUAAACCACUAACACAUUUCGAAUAUGUGCUCAAACACACACAUGAACAAGAUACAUACAAGGACACAAGAUGUUGAUGCCUUUGGAUGCCAGGAGCGGAUAUGAGUGCUGAUAAUUUUAUUGACCGGUUACCUCAAGAUCACAACGUUUACUGUUUGUGAAGUUGGCAGUGCUGAAAUGAACUGUUUGAAGUUUUUGUCAGAUGAGUUCUCAUAAACUUGAGAUUGACCUAACCCACCAUAACAGUAGUACCUACUGUUGGAUUGUUUUUUUACUGACUAGGUGUACUGACUACUGAUAGGCUAGCUGUUUCCUCAGCUGAUCUCAUCCCACUUUCAGGAAAAAAUGUGCACAAUUCCCCAAAUCCUGAACUAUGCCUCUUCAGCCCGCUCCCACUCAUGAAAUGAUAUGACAUGUUUGAGAUACAACCAUCUUAAAUUCAGUUAUUUCUUCUUCUUCUUCUUCUUCUUAUUAUUAUUACUACAUGAGCUACAGGGUGUUUAAAAACAAGUAUAAGCAAGUAUCAGUUCUUUAUGAUGAAGUUAUGGGAAUCAGUAGUCCUGAACCUGGGGGUUCAGGAAGUUGCAGUACCAAUCAAGUUUAAAAACACACUUCUCAUUCAAUGUUGAGUUCAGCAUUGUAGAUCAACACUGAAGACAUCAAAAGCAAAAGAUGAUUCUUUUGAUGAUUUCCAUUUGUGUUCCUUCAUAGUUUUGAUGUUUUCAGUAUUUAUGUACAAUGUAGGAAGUCACAAAAAAAUCAAAAAAUAAAACACUUGUCUGGUACUGUAUGUGUCCUCUAAAACAUAAUGCUAUGUGCAAUGCCAACAUACAAUUACAACCGAAUACCAGAUCAGAUAGUAAACAGACAUUUAUAGCCAGACAGGUGAACUCACACACAAAGACAGGCAUCCAGUCAAAGGGGCAGGUACGAGCACCCAACACAUGCAGUUGGCCAAACCCACCUUCCCCUCCAUCUCACAACCAAAGACUGACUCAAGCUCUCUACGUAAAAGGUGAUGAAUGCUGCCGAAACCCAGAUCAGAUCCUGCCCUCAUAUAAAGAAAUAUGGGAGGACGUUUUUAGUUACUGCAGAGAUAAUCUGUAGUGGAGUCCUGACUGUAUUCUUGUCUUGAUGAUGAUGAUGAUGGACUACGGAUUCAUUCCUCAACCACUUACCUCAGGACAUGGUUUGUCUCAGUUAAAUGUAAAUGUGUUUGUUUGCAUCAUUUCAAAACUAUGUCAUAAGGCUUGUGGGGAUGUUGACAGCCAAAAGUCUUUUUACAGUCAUAGUAGGCAGCUCAUGAAAACUUGAAGGGUUGAUCACGGUGUGAUGAAUACAGCACAGCAAAGUGACUAAUCCGCAUGCAGCAUUACAUUGAAGUGUUCUUGUUUUCUCUGUGUAAAGCUGCCUCAAGUCCAUUCCAUCAGUCAGUUAUGCCGUGCGCCUCGCCUCUAGACGGAAGCAGUGUUGUAGCAGUAAUGUCAAAAGAAUGUGCUGAUGGGUCUAAAUUCACUCUCUUUUUGCUCCCUGAUGCCCCCCGCCAUUUCAUUUGUGCCAUAAAGUGUAUGCACUGUACAGUACAGUGCUUUACAAAUCCCCACAAAGGAAGAGAACAUGUGCGGCCCAUAGCAUUUACACACACAAUCCCACAAUGCAGCGCUUCACCUUCAAUCCUAAUCUAUUGUUAUGUGACUCCACACCUGUCUGCAAUGGUGUAAAAUGAUUUAUAGAGAUGGAGUAAACUAUUAAGUGUUAAUUAUGCAGGGCAUUGAAAUCAAGUGAACCAGGGAGCUAUUUCAGAUGCAGCACCAGAGUCUGUUUUAACCAAGCAGGCAGGAUAUGACAGAAGACUCUUCAUCACUCCCCUUUAGCUUGGACACUUCUGUUUAUUCAAUGUUCUCUCUUUGAAUUAGGUGUUCUGUGUGAAACACAUUGAAGUACAAUUAUAUUUCAGAAUAAAAAGACAAAAAGAAGAGGGGCAUUGUGGUUUGUCAGAAGUUCCAUGUUGAAGCCGAUUGUUGACCAUCGUGUUGCAUUUUUCUUCUGCUUCCAGUUUCUAGCCAAGCUGAGCUAAACACAUUUUUUUGUGAUUGUGUGCAAUUCAAAUACAAAACACACAACUGUUCUGAUAGAUGACAUUGAAAAUGAAUGGUCGUACCUGAUAGGUCAACACAUCCACCUUACCUCUGAGGCCAUAUCUCAGUGAUACCGCUGAACUAUAAAUGCUGUAUGGGCUGUAUCAAUAGACAUGCCCUGAAAGACUACCAUGAUAUCAGUACUGAGUCAAAUUUUUUAUUUAUUUUCUUUUUUCUGUUUUGUUUCUGUCACAUGGUACUAUUUCUUUUGUUAUCAUAUUAGUGGCAGCAGAACCAGCCACUUCCUGUGAGUUGUAAUAAGCAGGUAGAAAUAAAAAUAUUUGGAUGUUUCGUCAUAAUUAAAAAGAAGUAAAAAUGU